AUGGAGCCUGACGUAGCUAACUGGCUUAAGAGGUUGAAGAACUGUGCCAAGCUGCCUAAAUCUGGUGAAAUAAACAGCGGUGUUUAUGCAAUUAAACCAGAUGGUGCUGGACCUGUCUUUGAAGUGUUUUGUGACCACAAAACUGGAGGCGGGGGAUGGACAGUGGUCCAAAAGAGGCUGGAUGGUUCUGUGGAUUUUGACCGCAACUGGUCUGACUACAAGAAUGGCUUUGGUAACCUCGAUGGCGAGUUUUGGCUCGGACUGGAAAAAAUACACCGCUUGACAAAAUCCCCGAGCAAGCUUCGAGUCGAUCUGGAAGAUUUUGACGGCAAAACUGCUUACGCCGAGUACGACAUGUUUGUAGUAGCGACUGAAAGUAAGAAGUACCAGUUGAGCGUUGGGAAAUAUUCAGGAACAGCUGGUGACUCCCUUACUCAACAUCAUGACUAUCCCUUUUCAACCAAGGAUCGGGACCAUGACAACUAUAGCUGUGCUGAGGGACAUCAAGGAGGCUGGUGGUAUGAUGCUUGUUAUUACUCAAACCUAAACGGCGUCUAUCGUCAUGAAAAGGACUCAGCUGCCUAUGGAGUCAACUGGAAUAGCUUGAAAGGAACCCCUUUCCCUCUGAAGAGGGCUGAGAUGAAAAUCAGACCAGUGGAUUUUUAG